AUGUCGUCCUCGUCCGCGCCCUCGGAGACCGCGGGCCACGCGAUCAACCGCACCCUGCACGACAAGCUCCCGGACAAGGUCGCCGACCACCUGCCGCACAUCCCCGAGAGCAAGGACGAGAUCAAGGCCGACGCCAAGGCCGCCGCGUCGACGGGCCUCGCGCAGCUGCGCUCCUUCGCCGCGGGAGGCUUCGGCGGCAUCUGCGCCGUCGUCGUCGGCCACCCCUUCGACCUGGUCAAGGUGCGCCUGCAGACGGCCGAGAAGGGCGUCUACUCGUCCGCCCUCGACGUCGUGCGCAAGAGCGUCGCGCGCGACGGCCUGAGGAGGGGUCUGUACGCCGGUGUCAGCGCGCCCUUGGUCGGCGUCACGCCCAUGUUCGCCGUCUCCUUCUGGGGCUACGACCUCGGCAAGUCCAUCGUCUCCUCCGUCUCGGCCCCGGCCCCCGACGGGUCCCUCACCAUCGGCCAGAUCUCCGCCGCCGGCUUCUUCUCCGCCAUCCCCAUGACCGCCAUCACCGCGCCCUUCGAGCGCGUCAAGGUCAUCCUCCAGGUCCAGGGCCAGGCCAAGCUCGAGCCGGGCCAGAAGCCCAAGUACUCGGGCGGGCUCGACGUCGUCCGCAGCCUCUACCGCGAGGGCGGCAUCCGCUCCGUCUUCCGCGGCUCGGCCGCCACCCUCGCCCGCGACGGGCCCGGCUCGGCCGCCUACUUUGCGACCUACGAGUACGCCAAGCGCAGGCUCACGCCCGUCGACCCCGUGACGGGCAAGCCCAGCGGCCAGCUGAGCCUGACGGCCGUGACGUGCGCGGGCGCCGCCGCCGGCGUGGCCAUGUGGAUCCCCGUCUUCCCCGUCGACACCGUCAAGAGCCGCCUGCAGACGGCCGAGGGCAACGUCACCAUCGGCGGCGUCGUGCGCGAGCUCUACGGCAAGGGCGGCAUGCGCGCCUUCUUCCCCGGCUUCGGCCCCGCGCUGGCCAGGGCCGUGCCCGCCAACGCGGCGACCUUCCUCGGCGUCGAGCUGGCGCACCAGGCUAUGAACAAGGCCUUUGGUUGA